UCUCUUGUACGUACGCCAACACCUGCGAUGUAGUGGGAGUAAACUAGCAGCAGUAGCUUGUUUCCAAAGCCAACAAAGCUUUCUUCGUUCUAUUCGUUGAUACCCAAAAAUCAUGAUUUGGGUUGAUGGAGUCCCUUUCUCUACCCAUUCAUCCUCUCAGCCUCAGGGAAAGGAUAUUCUACUUGCUUUGUUGGAAAAUCCCAUUCUGGUAUCUGUCUCAAGGUCUUUGAAGGCUAACCCAGAGAGGAAGUUCUCAGUGUCUGAUGAGUCUGGUCCAGAGAGAUCAAAAUGGGUUUAUAUAUUCCAGAGAGAAUAUGCUACUGUUGACCCCGCACUUGUUGAUUUUGUUGGCACUGAUGAAGCAACAACAUGUGUUGGCCUAGUUAUUCGGAACCAAAGGAAUGGAAUGACAUCAGUUGCUCAUAUGGAUUCACCAAAAAUUGUAGAAAUGGGCCUCUCUCAAAUGUUAUCAUCACAUGUUGACGACAGCUUGGAAGCUGAGUUGGAUGUGCAUCUAAUUGGGGGUUUUGAAGAUGUUUCACUGCAACAUGCUAAUGGUAGCACUGUAUCAGAGAGCCCUGCAGAUUUGGGUCGUUAUUCCUUUCCCUUGUGUUCAAAGAUUGUUCAAACUUUAUGGUCAAGAGAGGAGAAGUUUCACAUCCGGACUAUCUGUGUUCUUGGACAUAAUACCAAAAGAGAUUCUGAUGAAAACACGUACCCCUUUUUCAAUGGAUUUGUGGUGGAGACUAGAAGAGGAAUUAUCAUCCCAGCAAAUUUUGAUAGAACUUCUAGAUGCCCAGAUGAAAUUGUCAGAAGAAUACGAGUAUCUGCUGCUUAUGAAGAUGAAAAUUGGAAUGGAAAGUUACUAGAGACAUAUGAUGGCAGCAUUGACUGUUUCAAAAUUGCUCCUUGUCGCUGGACUAUUAGCCAGUAUCAUAUGGCUUUGUCUCUUCAGCAUUAUUCUGAUUCAGAAAUUCUUUCAAUCUGUUCUACAUCACCUACUACUGAGGCCCCAGAUUUUGUGGAUAAUUUAAGAAGGCAGUGGAAAUAUUUGAUUGAGCAUCCACACUGGACUGACACCUUUCCCAAGAAGCAGCCUCGCACUUUUGCUAGGAGUUCUGAUGGAAGGUGGAGAAGUUGUUGAUGACAUUAGAUUGGGCAAAUCCUCUUAAAUAAUUAGAUUGCCUUAUUAUAUUGGUCAUCUCUGAUUGAAUGUUUCAUUUGUCAUUAUAGCUAUAAGUUAUCAAAUUGCAGUCUCAACUGGUUUAGAUUGUCUUUGC